AUGGGCUUUUCCACUUCCAAAUCAGCCCCUGAAGUCAACAGCGUUCACCCUGCGCACAAGGCAGCUGAACACAAACGACAUGUUCGAGAGUCCAUCCUGUCCCGGUACCAGCAUUGGCGCCCUGAUAAAACCGGCGAUAUACCACAGGAUGUGUCUGCUUUGGUGACUGCCAAGCUCGACGAUCGCGAACGCGCCAUUGUCAGUCUUGAUGCUACCGCGCUACUUGAGCAUAUCCGUCAAAGCGCUUAUAGCUCUGUGGAGGUCAUAACUGCUUACUUCAAAGUCGCUGUGGCAGCACAGGACCUUACCAAUUGCUUGACCGAAAUCUUCUUUGAUCUUGCUCUGGAACGUGCCAACGAGCUUGACGAAUACUUACGAAAGGAGGGACGUGUCGUUGGUCCCCUUCACGGCCUUCCUGUCUCCAUCAAAGACCACAUUCUCGUUAAGGGCUUCGAUACCUCCAGUGGUUACACCGCUUGGGCUGAAAAAACCGUUGCCAACAAGGAUGCUGUUGUCGUCGACUUGCUCCGUAGGAGCGGUGCUAUCCUCUACGUCAAGACAGCCAACCCACAAACCCUUCUUUCAUUAGAAACGGAGAAUAACAUUUUUGGCCGAACAGUAAAUCCAUUCAAUACUAAAUUGUCUCCGGGGGGAAGCUCGGGUGGGGAAGGUGCCCUGAUAUCUUCAUUCGGAAGCCCUAUGGGCAUCGGGACGGAUAUAGGUGGCAGCAUCAGAGUGCCGGCAGCCCACUGUGGACUGUAUGGUAUGAAGGGUUCCGUAGCUCGUAUGCCGCAUACAGGGCUUAUGGGCUCUCAAGAUGGGAUGGACAAUAUUAUCGGAGUUGUAGGCCCACUGACUCGAUCGGCCCGUGACCUAGCACUUUUUGCCCGAGCCAUGUUAGACGCAGAGGCGUGGACUGCGGAACAUCAGGUGCUUGAGAUUCCGUGGAAACCCGACGUUGUUGAGGGAAAGACAUUGCCAAGACGUCUCUCGAUUGCAAUCCUUGCAGACGACGGGGUUGUCCGACCCCACCCUCCAUUGUUAAGAGCUUUGGAAAAGUACAGAAAAGCUCUCGUGGCCGCUGGCCAUGAAGUAAUAGACUGGGUGCCCAUGCGCCAUCAGGAAGCUUGGGAUCUGAUAGUUAAAUUUUACUUCCUCGAUGGAGGUGAAGAGUAUUACGAGACAUUCAGGGAGGGAGGCGAGGAGCCCAUUGCUACUGUUGCCUGGAUCCUUUCACAUGUGAAAGGCCGAGCUCCUUACACCGUUCGCCAAACCUGGAAGUUAAAUUGUGAAAGGGAGAACUUCAGAGCCGCGGCUCUCCAACACUGGAACGAAACCAAGCGUCGCACAGAGUCUGGCCGUCCUGUUGACGCGAUUUUGACACCUGCAUUUGCUACCCUAGCACCUCCUCACGACACAACAAGAUGGUGGGGCUACUCCUCUUAUUGGAACCUAGUUGACUAUCCCGGGAUUGUAUUCCCCACUGGAGAACGCCUCGUUGUAAAAGACUAUCCGGAGGGCGUUGAGUGCCUUCCGCCAGCCCGAAACGAUGUGGAAGAAUUCAUACGUUCUCAGUGGAACCCCAAGACGUACGAGAAUGCACCCGUAUCUCUCCAACUUGUGGGUCGUCGUCACAAUGAGGAAAAGCUCCUGGCAAUUCUCCAAAAGGUUGAGGAGGCUGCUUCUGGGACUCUACCACCCUGA